UCUCCCUGUUCCCUGAGAGGCUAGAGUUUGUCAAUAUGGACGCCCGUUACAAAUGUGUGAAGUGCAAUAACAUGCUACGAAGACCUCUUCAGACCUCGUGUGGUCACAGGAUGUGCGACAUAUGUGUGGACGAACUGUUUGCUGAACACGGAGACACUGCAGACUGCCCGGGACGGGAAGAAGAUUGUGAUCAGUUAAGGAAAAAUGACCCAAAAUCAAUAUUAAAAGAUGCCUGCGUGCGAAGGGAGAUGGGCCAGUUAAAGGUUUUCUGUCCUAAUAAAAAUACAGGAUGUGCCGGCGUUUAUAAGUGGAAAGAUAUUAAAAAACAUGUCGAAAGCUGUGAGUACAGACCACUACUUUGUCCCCUGGGGUGCGGUCACGUGAUUGCACAGAAAGAACUAGAGCAUCACGAGAAGGAACAAUGUCCCAAACGGCCAGUCACGUGCCCUAGCUGUGGAACAAAUGUGUUAUCAGGCGAUUUACAGGAACAUAUAGAGGAACUUUGCCUGGAAGCUUUACUUAGUUGCCCUCACUGUGGAUCCGGAAACAUGAAAAGACUUCAGUUGGAAGAGCACUACAAAACGUGCAGUAAGAUGCCAAGGAGAUGCCCCUUGUACCGACAAGGGUGUGAAUUCACGGGAACCAAAGUUACAAUCAGAAAGCAUGAACAUUCUGCAAUCAAAGAGCAUAUUACAAUCCUUUCGAGGGCGCUUAACACACUUGAUUUCAGUGUUGAACAUUUCGAUAAGAAGUAUCAGAAAGUGAAUAUAGAAAUACAGAAGACAGCCGAAAAACUGAAUAAACUUUCAUUGGAUAAUACUGUCGGAAACUUGGAAGACAAAAUCAAGAAAUCUGAGAAAUUUUUGGCUGGACAGAGCGCAAGAGUGAUGAAACUGGAAGAAACACUUCAGGCGGCCGCCGUAGAAGGCGAUGUUGUACGACAGACUAUAGAGAUUGCCGAUAUCAUGGAGAAGCAGGGAAAUCACGAAAGAAGGAUUCAAAGAUUGGAAAAUUCUAAUGAACAAAUGCAAAAACUCCUUGCUUCCCACGACCUACAAUUAAGACAGCAUGAGGACAGAAUGUCAGAUAUAGCUCUUCGUUUCUGCACUCAGGAGUCAACGUCAUACGAUGGAACCCUUAUUUGGAUAAUCAAAGACUACAUCCGCCUGAAACGAGAUGCUUGUACUUCACGGACUUUAUCUUUGUACAGCCAGCCAUUUUAUAGUAGCAGCCGCGGCUAUAAAAUGUGCGCCAGAGUAUUCUUAAAUGGGGACGGCGUCGGUAAAGGAACUCAUCUUUCCUUAUUUUUUGUCAUCAUGAGAGGCGACUAUGACGUUUUUUUGCAUUGGCCAUUUCAGCAAAAUGUUACUCUUGCCUUAUUGGCGCAAGAUGGGAGUGGGCGCCAUCUAUCGGAAUCAUUUUGCCCGGAAACAGGCAACAGUAGCUUCAAGUUCCCCACUUCUGAUAUGAAUGUUGCCAGCGGAUGCCCCAAGUUUGCCCCACAGAAUUCAGUAGAGUCAGAGACAUAUCUAAAAGAUGACACUAUUUUUAUCAAGGUCGUUGUUGACACCUAUGGAUUGCAAGAACCAUAGGAGUUCUGGGAGUGUUUGU